CCCUGCAACUUUUUCUUUUAACUUAAAAUCUAAGCCUAUUUUUUCGAAAUUGAAUGUCUUAAAAAUCGAAAAAAAAUUGGUAUUAAGCCAUGACGUCGAUGGGGCGUCAUCUCUCACGAUCUCUACUUUACCACCUUAAGCAGCCAAGAUGGAAUCGGAUGUUUUUGAAAUCCCACACUAACUUGCAUUCAGUAUCCGUUUACCUAGGACAGCCACAAGUGUUCAAAAGUAAAACCAAGGAAAACCCACUGAAUGCGAGUUUAAUAAGUAGACAAAAAUCAAAAAUGAUGGAGGAUCAGUCAGAAGAGAGAGCUUGCCAGAGCAAAGGGGAACCAACUUCAUCCUUCUCGAGAUCAGUACUUAUUAGGGGAAGACGUAAAGUCCGAGUCUCUUUGUUCUGGGACAAAGUCAAUGGCUGCUUACUACAUUUUUCGCAACUUAAGUCCACUGGCUCGAGUACUUCUACCGAUACCCUUACCUACCUUAACCAACAACGAUCGUUUUGCAAAAAACCUGAUGAAGAUAAAUGCUAUUGUAAAAAGCAAGAGGAAGAGGACUGUUUUUUCGAGCCAUUAGAAAAAACAGAACCUCCCAAGUGCCCCAAAAAUUCCAGGUUAUCAAGAAAGCGAAAACUUCUACAAGAUCAGAAGAACAAAGCGACGGAGGUUGAAGAAGUUGGGGAAGAGGAAUCUCCUAAAAACAAACUAGACGAAGCCGUUGAGGAGUUGAAGCACAAAUGCAUGCUGGCUUCCGAGAAGAAAGACUGUGAGCUAAAGCAGUACAAGGCACUCUGCGAAGAAUUAAGAACCGCAAAGCCAGAAGGAAACGCAGAAGCGGUAGAUUCUCUCGUAAAGUGCAUGUUGUCUGGCAUUAAGAAGGCCUGUGCUGCUCACGCCCAGAAGAUGGUCUGCCAGAAAAAGUAUGCUGCAGAGAUUGCUGCGGCCGAAGCAGCGAAAAGGGAAAAGCAGAAAAAAGAGGGAAAGCCCAUGGAUUGCGAAAAGCCUGACGAGGACGACGAGUUUAGCGCUCUAAAUAAGGAAGAUAAGAAAAAGGCCAAAGAACAAGCCGAGCUGAAGCGUACACUCAAAGGAAUAAAAGAUAAAUGCCAAAAGCAGCGUGAAGCGGCUGUGCUUAAGAAAAAAGAAGAAGCCAAGCUUGCUAAAAAGUGUGAAGAGGCAGCUGCGAAAAAGAAAUGUGAAGAAUUAGAGGCCAAAAAGAAAUGUGAAGAAGCCGAACGCCAAAAGAAGUGCGAGGAAGCGGAGCGCAAGAAAAAGUGCGAGGAAGCAGCGGCAAAGAAGAAAUGUGAAGAAGCAGAGGCCAAAAAGAAGUGUGAAGAAGAAGCGGCCAAAAAGAAGUGUGAAGAAGAAGCGGCCAAAAAGAAGUGUAAAGAAGAAGCGGCCAAAAAGAAGUGUGAAGAAGAAGCGGCUAAAAAGAAAUGUCAGAAAGCAGCGGCCAAAGAGAAAUGUGGAGCAAAGCCAGCCAAGAAGAAAUGCGGAAAAAAGCCAGCUAAGAACAAAUGUGGAGUAAAGGUAGCCAAGAAAAAAUGUGGAGAACCAGCAACCAAGAAGAAAUGUGGAGAAAACCCAGCGAAGAGUAAAUGUUAUGAAGCUGCAGCCAAAAAAAAGUGCGAGGAAGAUGCAGCUAAGAAGAAAUGUGAGGAAGCGGCAGCCAAGAAGAAAUGUGAGGAAGCGGCAGCCAAGAAGAAAUGUGAGGAAGCGGCAGCCAAGAAGAAAUGCGAAGAAGCAGCAGCAAAAAAGAAAUGUGAAGAAGCAGCAGCAAAAAAGAAAUGUGAAGAAGAAGCUGCAAAGAAGAAAUGUAAAGAAGACGCAGCAAAGAAGAAAUGUGAAGAAGAAGCUGCAAAGAAGAAAUGUGAAGAAAACGCUGCAAAAAAGAAAUACCAAGAAGACGAUGCCGCGGCUAAAGAGAAAUGUGGAGAAGCAAAGGCUUUGAAAAAAUGCGAGGAAGAUAAGAAUAAGAAACGUGAAGAAGCGGAGCGUAAAAAGAAAGGCGAAGAAGAGGCAUUAAAAAAGAAAUGCGAGGAAGCGAAGGCAAAACAAAAAUGUGAUGCUGAGAAAAAAAAACAGAACGAAGAAGCCGAGAGAAAAAGAGAUUGUGAACUGGCAGAGUUUAAGAAGAAAUGUAAUGAGAUUAGGAAAAAGGUGAAAGAGGAUGAUUGUGAAGAAAAGUAGGACAAAUAGGUGGAAAUUGCAAAGCAAAGAAACCAAAAGCGAAAGCUUACGGAGACGUGAGAGAUGGAGUCCCAGGAUCAAGGCGAGUUAAAUACUGUUAUAUUUUAUAAUUCUACACUUUUCAGCUUUAAUAAAAUUUAAUGGUGAAAUGA